CACCUCCGACCCCACCCCGUAGGCCCCGCCCUCCCCUUCACCCGGCGUGACAUUGAAAGAGGCUCGCGCGCGCGGGCACGUGAGUCGGCUCACCCACGUGACGCUGCAGGCGCCAUGCUGCGAGUGACGACCCCAGCGGUGCGCUGGGCGAGCCAGGGGCGGUUACUCCGAAACAGCUCGGCCCCGCCGGCGCUACCGCCGCUCCGCCGGCGGUCGGCGGCCUCCCCCGCGGGGGCCGGGCCGGCGGCCGCCGCCGCCGCCGCCGCCGCCGUGACCCCCAACGAGAAGAUCCGGAACAUCGGAAUUUCGGCUCACAUCGACUCGGGCAAGACGACGCUGACGGAGCGCGUGCUGUUCUACACGGGCAAGAUCGCACGCAUGCACGAGGUGAAGGGGAAGGAUGGGGUUGGUGCCGUGAUGGACUCUAUGGAUCUGGAGCGGCAGCGAGGCAUCACCAUCCAGUCAGCAGCAACCUACAGCGAGUGGCGUGGCCACAAUAUCAACAUCAUCGACACGCCUGGCCACGUGGACUUCACGAUCGAGGUGGAGCGAGCGCUGCGUGUGCUGGACGGUGCCGUGCUGGUGCUGUGUGCCGUGGGUGGCGUGCAGUGCCAGACCAUGACGGUGUGUCGCCAGAUGCGCCGGUACCGCGUGCCCUUCGUCACAUUCAUCAACAAGCUGGACCGCCAGGGAGCCGACCCAGCUCGCGCUGUCGCCAUGAUGAGGGCCAAGCUGAACCACAACGUGGCGCUGGUGCAGGCCCCGAUAGGCCUGGGGAGUGAGACGCAGGGCAUCAUCGACCUCAUCCACAACCACGCACUCUACUUCCACGGGGACUACGGGGAGCGUGUGGAGACAGGCCCGGUCCCCGAGGCCCUGCGAGAGGAGACACGCCGUCUCCGCCAGGAGCUGGUGGAGACGGUGGCCGACGUGGACGACGAGCUGGGGGAGAUGUUCUUGCAGGAGUGCCAGCCCAGCGUGACGCAGCUCAAGGCUGCAAUCCGCAGGGCCACGAUGUCUCGCUGCUUCUCCCCGGUGCUGCUGGGCACGGCUCUGAAGAACAAAGGGGUGCAGCCACUGCUGGACGCCCUCGUCGACUUCCUGCCCCACCCCGGGGAGGUCUCCAACUACGCCCUGCAGCAGCAGCAGCAGCAGCAGCAGCAGACGGAGUCUCAGGAAAAGUGCCGUGUGCUGCUGAACCCGGCACGGGACGACACUCACCCCUUCGUAGGCCUGGCCUUCAAACUAGAGGCGGGGCGCUUUGGACAGCUCACGUACAUGCGCGUGUACCAGGGCUGUGUGCGUCGUGGGGAGUACAUGCACAACACACGCACGGGCAAGCGCGUGCGUGUGCAAAGGCUCGUGCGCAUGCACUCCAGCCAGAUGGAGGACAUCGAGGCGGCCUACGCGGGAGACAUCUGUGCACUGUUCGGCAUCGACUGCGCCAGCGGCGACACCUUCUGUAGCAAGUCCAGCACAGACCUCUCCAUGGAGUCGAUUCACAUUCCAGAUCCGGUCAUUUCCAUGUCCAUGAAGCCCACAGACAAGGCCGACCUUGACAAGUUCUCCAAGGGCAUCAAUCGCUUCACGCGUGAGGACCCCACGUUCCGAGUGACCUACGACCCCGAGAGCAAGGAGACCAUCGCCUCGGGCAUGGGGGAGCUGCACCUGGAGAUCUACGCACAGAGGAUGGCGAGUGAGUACGCGUGUCCGUGCGUACAAGGGAAGCCCAAGGUGGCGUUCAGAGAGUCCAUCCUGGCGCCCGUCCACUUCGAGUACACCCACAAGAAACAGUCUGGAGGUGCGGGGCAGUACGGCAAGGUGGUGGGCGAGGUGCAGCCGCUGCCGGCGGAGGACAACACUCGGCUCGAGUUCGCCGAGCGGCUCGUGGGCACCAACAUCCCACGGCAGUUCGUGCCCGCGGUGGAGAAGGGCUUCCGAGCGGCGUGUGAGAAGGGGCCUCUGUCUGGACACAAGAUCUCCGGCCUGCGAUUCGUCCUCACGGACGGCGCUCACCACGCCGUGGACUCGAGUGAAUACGCCUUCAUGCGUGCCGCUGAGGGUGCUGUCAAGCAGGUGAUGAGCGAGGCCAGCGUGGUGCUGCUACAGCCCGUGAUGGCGGUGGAGGUGAACGUGUCUCUCUCUCUCCCUGGUAGUGAUGAACAAGGCCAGCGUGGUGCUGCUACAGCCCGUGAUGGAGGUGAACGUGUCUCUCUCUCUCCCUGGUAGUGAUGAGCGAGGCCAGCGUGGUGCUGCUACAGCCCGUGAUGGCGGUGGAGGUGAACGUGUCUCUCUCUCUCCCUGGUAGUGAUGAACAAGGCCAGCGUGGUGCUGCCCGUGAUGGAGGUGGAGGUGAACGUGUCUCUCUCUCUCUCCCCCUGGUAGUGAUGAACAAGGCCAGCGUGGUGCUGCCCGUGAUGGAGGUGAACGUCUCUCUCUCUCCCUGGUAGUGAUGAACAAGGCCAGCGUGGUGCUGCUACAGCCCGUGAUGGCGGUGGAGGUGAACGUGUCUCUCUCCCCCUGGUAGUGAUGAACAAGGCCAGCGUGGUGCUGCUACAGCCCGUGAUGGCGGUGGAGGUGAACGUGUCUCUCUCUCUCUCCCUGGUAGUGAUGAACAAGGCCAGCGUGGUGCUGCUACAGCCCGUGAUGGCGGUGGAGGUGAACGUGUCUCUCUCUCUCCCCCUGGUAGUGAUGAACAAGGCCAGCGUGGUGCUGCCCGUGAUGGAGGUGAACGUGUCUCUCUCUCUCCCCCUGGUAGUGAUGAGCGAGGCCAGCGUGGUGCUGCUACAGCCCGUGAUGGCGGUGGAGGUGAACGUGUCUCUCUCUCUCCCUGGUAGUGAUGAGCGAGGCCAGCGUGGUGCUGCUACAGCCCGUGAUGGAGGUGAACGUGUCUCUCUCUCUCUCUC